AUGAUCCGAAACCUUGCAACAGCUGCCACUUUGUUGGCCGCCCUUAAACUCGCAAGCGCUUCUUGCAAUUGCAGCUUGAAAGUACAGAGCCAUGUGAACCAAGGCCUGUCUCUCGAUGUAGUAUCUUCACUCAUCGUCGGUUCUCAAGCGGCUGUCAUUGUCGACCUGCCCAUGGCCGUUCCGCAAGCCAAGAUUUUGGCCGAUUGGGUCAAGAACACAACCGAUAAGCCCCUCGUGGCAGCCUUUACUUCUCAUGGCCAUCCCGACCACUACCUGAGUGGAAAGGCAUUCCUAGAACAGUUCCCCGAGGCCAAACAUUACGCAAUCCCCGAAGCUACUCACUGGAUCCAGAAUGAGGCUUUGAACAAGACCAAGGACUGGUCCGCUAUUUACGGGGAGGGAAUCAUUGCCCCGGUACCUGCGAUCCCAACCGCCUACAACUUCUCCUUCUUCACUCUUCCUGGCGAUGAAGCCUGCCCUAUUGAGAUUGUCAAGCCUGUGGGAGGUGACAUGAUGGACGAGGCCAUGUUUUGGAUUCCGUCUUCUAAAACCUUGAUUGCGGGAGACGUUGUCUACAGCCACCAGAUGCACGCCUGGCUCGCAGACCUCCUCACACCUGCUCUCACCCAGUCAUGGCUUGCUACCCUCGACUUUAUUUCCGGUCUAAGGCCCGAAAAGGUCAUUCCCGGACACGCGCUGUCCGCCGAUACAUUUAGCGCAACGAAGGACGUCGAACACACCCGCAAAUAUGUCUCCUUCUUUCAGAAGAAUAUCGAGAGCAAGAGCGCGGACUUUUUUACUCCUCAGCAAAUUUCUCAUCUGAUUGAUGCGGCAUUCCCUGGCUUGACGAACCUGACUUCCUCAACUACCUCUGCUACUUUGCUCAACAUUACUUCGGAGAACUUUGGUAGGGGCGGAACGCGGGAAAUUCAUUACAUGGACUUGACCGUUUUCAACGACACCAAGGUUCUGGAUGGCUGGCAACUUUAA